AUGUCUUUUGGUAGGCAUGCCUACCGGAAUGCGCUGAAGCACCCGGCUGCUCCAAGUCUCGAUCACCACUGGAUCAGCGAUGACUUACUCGCGGCAACCUUCCGUCGCUUUGCGAACGGGCAGCGUCGCCAUGGCAGCUGUGUUCCCGGACCUUUGGAAGCACGGAGGCGCUUAGCCAGGCGGAGGAAUACGGCGCUUGCGGGAUUUGGUGCAGGGUCGGCAGAAGAUAUCGCAUGUCUCUUUGGACGCAAUGGAAGGGAGCACAUGAAGUGGACCGACCACCCGUGGCAGAGGGCGCAGCUGGAUACUCAAGAUUUUAAUUCUCGAAAAGCCUCGAGCAGCUACGCACUCAGCGCUUCGGACGCUUCCUUGCCUUUCUAUGACCACAAUUCCGAACCUGCCGACGCAUCCGUCUCUCACCACCCCGACCCUUCUUCCUACGAGUCAAAAUCCACCUCCCGAGCUGAACUACUCCAUGAAUUUUUGGAACGGGGUGAUUGGGGUAUUGAAGAUGCAAGGGACUUCGCGCGCCAUUUGAGGAUUGACCUGCAACGGGAACCGGAGCACAGCCGGCAGAUCUUCAACAAAUUGCUCGGGCGCUCCGCUACGGACCUGAAGCAAUCGAUUCAAUUCUUAGAUGACCCAUUUUUGAACACCCGAGGCUCUGGGAAUUAUCUCGCUGCCGUGAAGUUUGUACAAGCGAAAGCAAAGCGAGCCAACCGAACCGCCGUGCUCAAUUCAGUCUCUCGGGGCCUCGAAUUGGGAUUGGUUCCUACGGAGGAGCUCUGUCUGAUUGUCAAGGCCCUGCCAGGGAUCCUUGUUGAACGUAACAAAACCCUCAGAGAAUGGGAUCCGAAAGCAUUGCUGAAGCAUUAUCGGGCCAUGUGGAAAGCCAUCGGGCGCUGCAACAUUCUCGGUUAUCACGACUUGGACAAAGAGCUUGUGGAUGCUUGGCUCGCUGAGCUUCUAAGCCUACGCUGCUUUCGUUUUGCGGAGGAAAUUGUUGUGGCUACUCAUGAUGCGACCUCUGAUAGUCGCUGGCCCUCGGCCUUGAUCAUGGCGCAGCUGGAACCUAUAAACGAGGCUGAAAAGACCAGGUCUCUGUCAUAUGCACACCAAAUGUUGAGCCUGCUCCACGCAGAUUGUGCAACUAAAUGCAUCAUCGACGUUACCGAGUCUUUGGCUCUGUCUGCCACACAAACCCAAAGACGAAACCAACUACUGGAGAGAUGGCGAGAUUGCCUGUUACACGUGUCAAACAUAUCGACAAUCGCAAACUCGCAGGCAUGGCUGGACAUGCCACUUGCUUACAACGACAGCCCUCCAGAUGCGAGGCAGGCCCCAUUGAUCUUGCCCGUUCAACAACAAAUCAUUCUUCGCCUAUGGGCUUUGCGAGCCUUGAGCCGGUCCCUAGGUCCCAUGUACUAUCAAAGUCCCCGGCCUACUGAUCAACCGAUCUACUUCUUGUUCGGCCUUUACGAAACAUGCACCAAGAGUACAGACGGAUCUUUCUUGUCGGAUCUGACGCGUGGUAUUCAGAGCUUGAAUCUCCCACACAACAGCCUUCUUCUACUUGCGGUGAAUGUUAAGUUGAGAAAACUCACCACAAAGAACACCCGCAGGACACUCGAGAGACUGGAAACUUCGCAGACUUCCUUGGCAGAUGCCUGGGCGGACCCAUCAACUUAUCAUGGGAUCCGAACUCUCUUCUACGGCACAUUUGAGCAUAUGUUCCGCCGCGUGGACCUCACCAGCCCUGAAUCCGUGGAAGAAUGUCUACAUUUUGCUAGAGCAGGAGACUCCAAGAGCAUCUGGUCUGUUCUGAGACUCCUCCGCAAUCACACGCCCUUUAAGCUUUGCCUUAACAAAGCUUGGAUGCCUCCACCUCACCCUGACGAGAAGGCCCUUGUGCGCUAUCACGCAGAGCCUCGGGAUAGUCAGUGCCCUGAUCCUCAUGCUGCUGUUGACUUUAUUCACCAACUGGCUGUCGCCAUCUCCUGCUGCCAUAAUCUGACCGCUUCUCGGUCUUUCCAUCUUAUCCACCAUCUCUACGACUAUCUGCGCAGACAUGGUGGGCCUGUAUACCCGUCUUUGGUUCAGGCCAUGUACCAUGCUGGUGUUGUGCGGUAUCGCCGUGAGGGGCGUCGUGUCUCGCCUACGCAGUACGAGUACAUCGUCUGGAUUGUCAGCAAAUUUGAAGGGCGCGAGGUCGCCAGACAAUUGAGAGCCCCAGCGCAGAUUGGGCAAGGUAAACCUGGUCAGCGAGAUGACAUCUAG